GAGAGUUCAUGGAGAGUGACGUGGCAGAUGUAUGCUCUUCCCCAGUGUAACGUGUAGGUCGAGGUGUACGCUACAUACAUAUAUAACUUUAAAGUACCGAUAGCAUUACAUUAAUUCAACUUAAAAAAUUCUAAUUUAAAAACUCUCGCGCUGUAUACAAAUAUCCCGUACGUCUGUAAUAUGUUUCCGCUGACUGUUUUGUUAAGGCUGACAGAUUGCGGCCCACUAUCGGGUUGUUUCAGUUCUUAGCACAGACGGACCCACAGGUGCGAAGUAACACUUGCAGGAUGGAAAAGAAAAAAGAAAUACAGGAGAGGUACAUGAAGUUUCCAAAUCUUUUUCAACUGGAGUACUACAAACAGCUUGAAAAGCAAGUGAUGGCAAAGCUCGAGCGGAAGAAGAGUUGUUCCGCCACAGCAGAUGAAUUUUUAAGCGAUGUAUGCAAUCUGAACUGCCUCGCCUUUCUGCACUUGAAGCGCCAAAUGCCUGACAGGGCCAAGCCGAUAGUGGCCGAGGUCCUGGCCAAGGAUCCUCAGAACAUAACGGCGCUGGCCAACCGGUGCGAGCUCCUCCUGCUGACCUACGAGUUUAAGGAAGCCGCCGAGGCACUCAGUGAGCUGGAGGCGCAGAGGGACAAUGAGGGAGCGAAUGCAACGGCUCUAGCUGAGCAGGGCUACUUCCUGUCCCGCAUGGGCCCCCACGUUUACCUGCAGGCCAUCGAAAAGUUCGAGCAAGCCAUCAAGAAGGGUCGAGGCCACUGCUCCCAAGACAAAAUAAUCAUCUGGAAUUACAACAUAGCCUUAAACUAUGACAGGAUUUCGAAAAUGGAGUUCGUGAGGGAGAACCCCGGUUUCUCGAUGGCAGAAUGUUUAAAAAAAGUGGUGCAAACACUCGCGCACGUCAUGUGCGCGAAGCACAAGAUUUAUGAGCCCAAAGCUUGGAUCGUUUUGGCCGAGACGGCGAAGGAAUAUUUUCGGAUCAUGUAAUUGCAUUCGUAAUACAGGUUUUUUUGUUGUUGUUAGAUCGUGUAAAUAUACAUGUGUCGUUAAACCCGCCACCACCCGACACGGCCUUUAAGUAAACGUUUGUCAAGUUAACAACAUGCCAAUUCGUUACUUGUACAGCACACCGCUGUGUUGGAGAGUAAAUCCACAAAAGUGUUCAGAUUGUACAUGCAAAAGCAUACGUGUUAAACGCGUAAUUGCAUUACUCAAACUUUAAUUGACGCGUUUUUUUUAUUCCAUUCUACAUUUGGUUUUUCUGUUUUUUUUCUGUUCUCCGUGAAACGAGCAUUGCCGGUUGUAAUUUCAAGGUGAUAAAUUGGUUAAAAUAAAAUUGUGCACGUUAUAUACCUGUCCAUGAAUGUACAGGGUGCUUAAAACAAAAUUGUAAACACUUCCGAGA